CUUUUUCCCGGGAAUUCCCAGCUUUCCUACGGCUCCAGCUCGCCAGCCCUUUCCAACCGGCAGCGAUUCCCGACGUUUUUCCGGACUCAUCCGUCGGCCACGCUCCACAACCCCACGCGGGUUCAGCUCUUCAAGAAGUGGGGCUGGACCAAGAUCGCCACCAUCCAGCAGACCACGGAGGUCUUCACCUCGACCCUGGAUGACCUCGACCAGCGGGUGAAGGAGGCCGGCUUGGAGAUCACCUUCCGCCAGAGCUUCUUCUCCGACCCGGCCGCGCCCGUCCGGAACCUCAAGCGCCAGGACGCCCGGAUCAUCGUGGGGCUCUUCUAUGAGACCGAGGCGAGGAAAGUCUUCUGUGAGGUCUACAAGGAGAAGCUCUACGGCAAGAAGUACGUCUGGUUCCUGAUUGGCUGGUACGCCGACAACUGGUUCCGCAUCAAGGACCCGGCCAUCAACUGCACCGAGGCCGAGAUGGCCGAGGCCGUUGAAGGCCACGUCACCACGGAGAUCGUCAUGCUCAACCCUGAGAACACCCGCAGCAUCUCCAACAUGACGUCCCAAGAGUUCAUCGAGAAGCUCCAGAAGAGGCUGGGGAAGAACCCGGAGGAGACCGGGGGGUUCCAGGAGGCGCCUCUGGCCUACGACGCCAUCUGGGCCUUGGCCUUGGCCCUCAACAAGACGUCCCAAGAGUUGGUCAAGAAGGGUUUGAGGUUGGAGGACUUCAACUACAACAACAAGAACAUCACCGACGAGAUCUACCGGGCCCUCAACUCCUCGGCCUUCGAGGGCGUCUCGGGUCACGUGGUGUUCGACGCCAGCGGUUCCCGCAUGGCCUGGACCCUCAUCGAGCAGCUCCAAGGUGGGGUGUACAAGAAGAUCGGGUACUACGACAGCACCAAGGACAACCUGUCCUGGUACAACAACGACAAAUGGAUCGGGGGGUCCCCUCCGGCCGAUUACACCAAGGUGAUCACAACGUUCCGGUUCCUUUCCCAAAAAUUGUUCAUUUCCGUCUCGGUGUUGGCGUCGUUGGGAAUCGUCCUGGCCGUCGUUUGUUUGGCUUUCAACAUCUACAACGGGCACGUGAGGUACAUCCAGAAUUCCCAGCCCUACCUGAACAACAUGACGGCCGUGGGAUGCACCCUGGCGCUCGCCGCCGUUUUCCCGUUGGGAUUGGACGGAUAUCACAUCGGACCCGGAAUGUUCCCGUUCGUGUGCCAGGCGCGGCUGUGGUUGUUGGGGUUGGGAUUCAGCCUGGCCUACGGCAGCAUGUUCACCAAGAUCUGGUGGGUGCACACCGUGUUCACCAAGAAGGACGACAAGAAGGACAAGAGGAAGAGCCUGGAGCCCUGGAAGCUCUACGCCACCGUGGGGGGUCUGGUGGGAUUGGACGUGGUGACGUUGAGCGUGUGGCAGAUCGUGGAUCCCCUGCACCGAACCAUCGAGGUGGGAAUUCCGGAAAAUUCCGGGAAAUUCCGG